UGACGACGGCAGACAGACAGCGCAGGUCAGUCAGUAGCUGAGUAGCUGUUAUAACUGGGAGGAGGAGGAGGAGUGCCAGCAGGAUAAAACAAUCUUCUCUCCGGCGACCUGCCUCUCUAAAACACGGAAGGAACAAUAGAAUAAACCAAAAGGAAGCUACGAAUAGUGUGAACUAACUAACCGUGAAUGUAAACUGCCGGUUCAGAAACAGUGUGUUAACAUUGUUGUGAAGGCCUGUUGUUGCUAGCUAGGAGGGGAUCCUCGGGCUAGCCCCGGUAGACUACCGGGCCGACAGACACCAGAGGACCGGGGACAGGAGCUGUGAUCGACCAGGCUGUCCUAUCUGAUCACCAAAACGAAGACGUAACCUCUCCUGCUCCUCCGUGGUGGAUAUAAAUCUCAGUUUGACAGCUAGCUAGCAUUAGCUCUCCAGUGUUUACAAGCUCAGACAGCAACAGACCCUCUGAAGAAGACUAGACUAGAUUUGUGUGUUUGUUUUGAGUUCAGAUUUGCAUUACAUGGGUUGCUAACACCCAGCCUGCUAGCUGAGAGGUGAUUUGUAACCUUGUUGUACUUCUGUAUACACUGACUGAAGGUCGACAGCUAGUCAGAUCAAAAGGUUACCACAUCUUCAAGCUUAUCUGCCUGAAGUUUGUCACCUUGUUUGAAUAUAAGGACUUUACUGAAAGAUCCCGGAUGAAGGCUCACAGAGAAGAGUGGAUGCUGUCAGGUGGUGUUACCUGUUCUUCCUGGCAUUAUUGAUACCUGCACCUGAAGAAACUGAUCUGCUGUUUUCACUUCCCUUGAGCUGAUUUGCUCAAGAAGCUGGAGGUGAUUUGUAACCUUGUUCUGAAGGUCGCCAGCAAGUCAGAUCAAAAGGUUAUCACAUCUUCAAGCUUAUCUGCCUAAAGUUUGAAUAUAUAAGGACUUUUACUGGAGCUGAUUACAGUUGAAAGAUCCCGGAUGACGGCUCACAGAGAAGUGUGGAUGCUGUCAGGAGGUGUUACCUGUUCUUCUUGGCAUUAUUAAUUCCAGCAUCUACUGCUGCUGCUGCAUCUGAAGAAACUGAUUUUCACUCCCUUGAGUUAAGAUUUGCAUACAUGGGGAGUUAAAACACCCAGCCUGCAAGCUGAGAAGUGAUUUGUAACCUUGUUCUGAAGGUCGCCAGAUAGUCAGAUCAAGAGGUCUUCUAGCUAAGGUUAUCACAUCUUCAAGCUUAUCUGCCUAAAGUUUGUCACCUUGUUUGAAUAUAAGGACUUUUACUGAGCUGAUUACAGUUGAAAGAUCCCGGAUGAAGGCUCACAGAGAAGAGUGGAUGCUGUCAGGAGGUGUUACCUGUUCUUCUUGGCAUUAUUGAUAUCAACAUCUGCUGCUGCACCUGAAGAAAACUGAUCUGCUGUUUUCACUUCUCUUGAGCUGAUUUGCUCAAGAAGGAUCCUCUUUAAAAACACAGACUCACAAUGAAUCGUUACCUGCCAGUGGCACGGCAGCACUUCCUGGCUGCCCUAGCCAGCACCAGUGUGGUGGUAAAGACAAUAAGUGCUGUGGUGGUUCUCCUCUACCUGUUGUCAUGGGCUGUCGACACUCCAUACGCCCUGGGGGUGACCCCAGGCUACCUCUUUCCGCCCAACUUCUGGGUGUGGACACUGGUGACCCAUGGGGUGGUGGAGCAGCACGUCUGGGGUGUGGCAGCCAACGUGGGGACAGUUAUGGCCUGUGGGCGUCUGCUGGAGCCUCUGUGGGGUGCCCUGGAGCUCCUGAUCUUCUUCGCAGUGGUUAAUGUGUCUGCAGGCCUCCUGGCUGGACUCUCCUACCUCCUCACCUACGUUGCCAGCUUUGACCUGGACUACCUGUUUGCUGUGCGUGUCUACGGAGCAGCCGGGUUCCUGGGAGGUGUCCUGGUGGCGCUGAAGCAGACCAUGGGGGACACUACAGUACUCAGAGUGCCACAGGUGAGACUCAAAGCAGCGCCGGCUCUGGUCCUCCUCCUCCUGGCCUUACUGCGUCUGUCUGGGCUGCUCGACAGCUCUGCCCACCUGGCUGCGUACAGCUUCGGCGCCCUGUCCGGCUGGGUCUACCUGCGCUUCUACCAGAGGCACAGCCGGGGCCGCGGCGACAUGUCGGACCACUUUGCCUUUGCCAGUUUCUUCCCCGAGGCGCUGCAGCCGGCCGUGGGGCUGCUGGCGGGGCUGGUCCACGCCGCCCUGGUGAAGGUGAAGGUGUGCAGGAAGAUGGUGAAGAGAUACGACGUGGGGGCGCCGUCCUCCAUCACCAUCAGCCUGCCAGGGACGGACCCUGGAGAUGCAGAGAGGAGGAGACAACUGGCCCUCAAGGCUCUGAACGAGCGUCUAAAGCGCGUAGAGGACCAGUCCGCCUGGCCCAGCAUGGACGACGAGGAAGACGACGAGGACGACGAGGUCAGAACCGACACACAGCCGCUCCUCCCGGGUGGGCGUGACCCCUCCUCCUCCUCCACGCCGAGACCAGCGGGGGGACCUGUUGGCGCCUCUCUCUCCUCCACCUCCUCAUCCUCGAUGUCACAGAGCAGCGGAGGGCCGUCUACCGGCGGAACGCAACACCCGGAGUCCAGCAUUAUCAGCUUCGAGGACGCACCUUCUAGAUCGUAACAAAUAGGACACACGUGUCAAGAUACGCACGCUCUGUUCGGUGUCACUGGCAGCUGUACUAGUGUAUUCAGCGUCCCUGACUAGUAUACGAAUAUGUUCAGUGACAGUGAGUAGGUAUACGCUCGAUAUCACACACGCCGACACACACAACAUCUUUGACCAGUUCAUACACACGACCGUGCGCUCACAAACACACUGUCAAUGUCAUGAUGCAUCCCAGAGGGGUGGUAACUGUACAGUGCUUUCAGUUCAGACAUGUUGGUUGUAAAUGCUCAGUGUAGUUGAGCGAACUGGACACUUAAUUCUUCUCUUCCUUCCUGCAUUCGACCGAAAGUCAACCAGAUACUCUGUCUUGUCCGGACUUAAUCCCAACUUGCAGCGCUCGGUCCACUGCUUCAUGUGUCUCUUUCUCUUGCUUUCUAAAUAAAUAACAAAAUGGGUGUACUAUA